AUGAUCAGCAACAACGCAAAGACAGCCGCUGAGGCUCUGCGCCCGCUCAACAUCAAGUACUCAACGACAGAGGUCACUGUGCUGGUGGCCAACGAGCUGUGGGCCGCUGCUGAGCAGCUGCGCGAGCAGUUCCAGACCUCCGCUUGGAUCGCCACCGCUCCGGCCGAUGCCGAGAGCAACACCACUGAGCCCAUUGAGCUGGCGGCCCGGUUCUUGAAGUACGCUGCCUCGCAGUACGCAACACUGCCCGAGGGCCUGCCGUACGUUGAUUUUGUCCGCCUGCUGUUCAAGCACUUCCGCGAGGCAUUCCUGCGGGGGAACGACGUCCAUGCCGCCACUGCCGAGCUGUCGGUCGACACACGGAAGGUCCUGCUGGUCGAGUGCGGCGCCUUCAUUGACACUGCCGAGUACGCCCCGGCUGCCCCGGCCCUGUUCGAGUCGGUCAGGAGCGGCAAGGCUGGCAUGUUCGCCGUCUUUGGCGGCCAGGGCAAUGUCGAGGAGUUCUUUGACGAGACACAGGAGGUCUUCGACACAUACGAGCCGCUGAUCCGCGACUACGUCGAGAAGAUGGCCGCCAUGCUGCGGCACGCAGCCCGCACGCCCGAGGCACAGACUGCCCGCCCCGAUCUGCAGUACCUGCUCAGCGUGCCGGUCAGCAUGCCCAUUGUCGGUCUGACCCAGCUCAUGCAUGUGCUGGUCCUGAGCAAAGUCACCGGCUUGACCCCCGGCCAGAUCGCCGACCACUUCAAGGGCGCCACCGGCCACAGCCAGGGCAUCAUCACCUCGGUGGUCUUUGCGCCGAUUGGCCUGCUGUUCGCCAUCGGCAUGCACUCGCAGCUCGCAUACCCGCCUACCACCACCAACCCGGCCAUUCUCGAGGACUCGCUCGAGAACGCCGAGGGCAACCCCGGCCCCAUGCUCAGCGUGUCGCGCCUGCGCCAGAGCGACGUCGAGAAGCACAUCGAGGCCACCAACCGCCACCUGCCCGCCGACCGCCAGAUCGUGCUGUCGCUGAUCAACGGCCCGCGGUCGUUUGUCAUCACCGGUCCGCCGCAGUCGCUGUAUGGUCUCAACCUGAGCCUGCGCAAGCUCAAGGCCCCGGCCGGUCCUGGACCAGAACCGCACCCCUUCUCGACCCGCUUCCUGCCGAUUUACGCUCCGUUCCACUCCGACUUGGUUGACAGCCUGUGCCUGCUGCCCGUCGACUGGCCCAAGGCCACGGCCAUGGCUGGCGUCACCCAUAUCGUUGACUUUGGCCCUGGCGGCGUCAGCGGCAUCGGCGGUCUCACCAACCGCAACAUGGAGGGCACUGGUGUGCGCGUCAUCCUGGGCGGUGCUUUCGAGUCGACCAACUCGGAGCUCAGCGCCAAGAAUGCGCUGUUCGACAACCGUGCCUCGUCGAUUGUGUUCUCGCCCAACUGGCAGCGUGACUACGCCCCGCGCCUGGUGCGCACCGAGUGCGAUGGCAAGCUCCAGAUCGACACUCCCAUGAGCCGUCUGCUGGGCAAGCCGCCUGUCAUGGUCGCCGGUAUGACUCCGUCUACCAUCAGCGAGGUGUUUGUGUCGGCUGUCAUGCGCGCUGGCUACCACAUCGAGCUGUCUGGCGGUGGUCACUUCAGCGAGCCGAUGCUGCGCGACAAGGUCGACAAGAUCCUGAAGCUGGUCGACCCGGGUCUUGGUGGCAUCCCCAUGGAGGGCCUGUGCAUCGGUGCCGGCGUUCCGUCGUUCGAGGUCACCAACGAGAUCAUCGCGACCAUCCGCGAGAUUGGCUUCCGCCACAUUGGCCUCAAGCCCAGCUCGGUUGCCACCAUCCGCCUGGUUAUCAAGAUCGCCCAGGCCAACCCCGACUUCCCGAUCCUGAUGCAGUGGACCGGUGGCCGUGCUGGUGGUCACCACUCGUUCGAGGACUUCCACCACCCGAUCCUGGAGACCUAUGGCGCUGUCCGUGCCCAGAAGAACAUCAUCCUUGUUGCUGGCUCCGGCUUUGGUGGCGUCGACGACACUCUGCCUUACCUCACCGGUGAGUGGAGCAAGCGUUUCGAAUGCGCGCCCAUGCCUUUCGACGGCUGCCUGUUUGCUUCGCGUGUCAUGGUUGCCAAGGAGGGCCAGGCCUCGGAUGCUGUCAAGGAGGCUAUUGUUGCUGCUCCGGGUAUCACUGAUGCCGAGUGGGAGAAGACCUACAAGGGCCCCGCUGGCGGCAUCGUGACCGUCCUGUCGGAGCUCGGCGAGCCGAUCCACAAGAUCGCCACCCGUGGUGUCAUGUUCUGGAAGGAGAUGGACGACACUAUCUUCUCGCAGCCGCGCGACAAGCGUCUGCCGCUGCUGCUGGCCAAAAAGAACUACAUCAUCGAGCGCCUCAACAAAGGACUUCCAGAAGCCCUGUCGCGCUGGAUCGACAUCACCAUGCGCAACCUGGUUGGCGACUACCUGUACCGCCUCGAGGAGCGCUUUGCUAUCAGCGAGCGCCCAUCGGCUCUGCAGUCGUUCGACCAGCUCAACAGCGACCCGUACGCCGCAGUCAAGUCGUUCCUGGACGUGUACCCCAAGAGCCACCAGCAGCUGCUCAGCACCGAGGACAUUCAGUUCUUCAUCAACCUGUGCAUGCGCCCUGGCCAGAAGCCCGUGCCGUUCAUCCCGCUCAUGGACAAGGACUUCCACAUCUGGAUGUUGGUCCGCGUGUGCAUCCUGCAGGGCCCCGUUGCUGUGCGCUACUCGACCAAGGCCAACGAGCCAGUCAAGGACAUCCUGGACAACAUCUACCACGGGCAGAUCGCGUCGCUGCUUGACACCUACUACGGCGGUGACGAGUCCAAGGUCCCGACUGUUGCGUACCUGGGCAAUGCACCCAAUGUCCACGCUGUCCCGGCCCACGUCAAGAUCACGGCCACCGAGUCGCAGCGCUCGUACAAGCUGAGCAGCCGCAAGUCGCACCUGCCCGAGACCGAGGCCUGGCUCAAGACCCUGGCUGGCAACGAGCUCAACUGGCUGCGUGCCCUGCUGACGACUCCGAUUGUCGCCCAGGACCGCAAGUAUGUCGACAAUAUUGCUCGCCGCGUGCUGCGGCCGCUCGUCGGCCAGACCGUCAACGUGUCUCUGAAGGACGGCAAGCCUCAGUCGGUUGAGGUCAUCGAUGCCCACGGCGUCAAGGCGCUCGACUUUAGCAUCGACGCCGACAACGUCAUCCACUUCAACAUGUACUCGACGCCGCGCAAGUCCCUGUGCACGCUGGAGCUGCUGUUCCGCUACCAGGCUAAGAUGCCGUUUGCGCCGAUCCACGAGGUCAUGGAGGAGCGCAACGAGCGCAUCAAGCGGUUCUACUCGCAGGUCAUUGGCGUCAUCGAUCCCGAGUUUGAGUUCACCCACUCGGGCGAGGUCAUCCGCAAGGAGGACAUCCGCCAAUUCUGCCGCGUUGUCGGCAACCAGUCGGACCGCUAUGUCGAGCACAACGACGGCAUUGUCUAUGCCCCGAUGGACUUUGCUGGCCGCGCCUGCUGGCCUAUGACCUGCAAGACGAUCCUGCCCAAGAUUGUUGACGGCGAUGUUCUUAACCUGGUGCACAUGUCGAACGGCUUCCGCAUGGUCGAUGGCGCCGAGCCGCUCAAGGCCGGCGAUGUUAUCGUCGAGGGCUUUGUGUACCGCGACGGCAAGCCUGUUGUUGAGUUCACUGACUUUGAGAACACGUACCGCAACAUUGACGAGCAGCCGAUGCGCCUGACUCUGGGAACCACCAAGGACAUUGCUGUUCUGCGCUCCAAGGAGUGGUUUCUGCACCCGAAUGCCACGCUCGAGUUCCGCCUGCAGUCGCGCUACCGCUUCAAGUCGCGCACGGUCUACUCGCACGUCGUGACCACGGGCCGUGUGAUGAUGCAGGUGUCGACCAAGGAGUACGUGCACAUCGCCGAUGUCGCUUACGAGGCUGCAGAGUCGAACGGCAACCCGUCGAUCGAGGACUCGUUCUACUUUGAGAACGGCGGCUACUCGUUCUCGUCGAUCACCCAUUCGCCUGGAUCCAACGAGCCGUACUCGCGCAUCUCGAGCGACCACAACCCGAUCCACACCAACCCGUACUUUGCUGCCUAUGCCGAUCUGCCGGGCACCAUCACCCACGGUAUGUGGACUUCGGCGUCGACCCGCAAGUUUCGGGUCAAGGCGUACGAAGUCGAUUUUGUCGGCAUGACCAAGCUGUCGCACCUGAUCAAGGUCGAGACCUUCAACCAGCACGGCUCCAAGGUGCUCGAGGGUAUCGCCGAGGUCGAGCAGCCCAUCACUGGCUACACGUUCACGGGCCAGGGCUCGCAGGAGCCGGGCAUGGGCAUGGACCUCUAUGGCCGCUCCGAGACUGCGCGCCAGCUCUGGGACCGCGCCGACAAGCACAUGCGCGAGACGUACGGCAUCUCGAUCAUUGACAUUGUCAAGAACAACCCGGGAGAGCGCACUGUGUACUUUGGCGGCGACAAGGGCCGCAAGAUCCGCGACAACUACCGCUCGCUGACCUACGAGACUGUCGAUGCCGAGGGCAACACCAAGGCUCUGCCCCUGUUCCCCGACAUUAUCGAGGACUCGCCCUUCUUCACCUACAAGCCACACAGUUCACUCAGCCCGGCGCUGAUGCUGUUCGAGCUUGCUGCCUUUGCUGACAUGCGCGCCAAGUCGCUGAUCCAGAAGAACGCUCCGUUUCGCUGGUCACUCGCUUGUGCCAUUGGUGAGGUGCUGCCGGUCGAGGCCAUUGUCGAGGUCGGCUUCUACCGUGGCAUGACCAUGCAGCGCGCUGUCGAGCGCGACGAGCUCAACCGCUCGCAGUACAGCAUGAUGGCGAUCAACCCGGCCCGCGUCGGCAAGAGCUUCACCGAGGAGGCCCUGUCGUUCGUCGUUGGCUCGAUCCGCCACCAGGGCAAGGGCCUGUUGGAGAUCGUCAACUACAACGUCGAGAACUGGCAGUACGUUGUUGCUGGUGAGCUGCGUCUGCUCGACACGCUGACCAACGUGCUCAACUUUAUCUUUAGCCAGAAGAUCGACAUGCCGCUGGAGACCGUUCAGGAGCAGCUGGGCCAGAUCAUCGAUGGCGCCCUGGCCAAGGCCGACGAGAAGCAGGCCCGUGACGGCUUCAUUGUCGUGGAGCGUGGCCAGUCGACCAUCCCGCUGCGCGGUAUUGACGUGCCGUUCCACUCGAGCUUCCUGCUGUCGGGUGUCGGUCCGUUCCGUAACUUCCUGCUGAAGAAGCUGAAGGUCAACGACAUCAACUACAGCCUGCUCAAGCACCUGUACAUUCCUAACCUGACUGCCACCCCGUUCGAGAACGUGCUGGAGCUGACUGGCUCGUCCCGCAUCACCCGCGCCUUGAAGAGCUGGGACGAUGCUGCCCUCAGCAACCCGGCCGAGGUGCAGCGCCUGUCGCACGUGCUGCUCAUUGAGCUGCUCGCCUACCAGUUCGCGUCACCCGUACGCUGGAUUGAGACCCAGGACAAGCUGUUCAAGGACUACGGCAUUGAGCGCUUCAUCGAGUUUGGCCCAGGCCCGACCCUGUGCGGCAUGGCUAUGCGCACGCUCAAGUUCAAGUACGAGGCCUACGACGACGCCAUUGCUCACCGCCGUUCGACCUUGUGCUACACCAAGAACGAGCGCGAGCUAUACUACACGUACGACCCUGAGCCCGAGGCUGAGGCUGCUCCGACUGAGGCUGCUCCGGCUGCUGCUGCUGCUCCGGCCGCUGCCCCCACCGCCCCUGUGGCUGCUGCCGCCCCCGCCGCUGCCCCCGCUCCUGGUGGCGCCGGCGCCGCUGUCGACGAUGUUCCUCUCAAGGCGAUUGAGAUCAUCCACGUCAUUGCAUGCCAGAAGCUGAAGAAGUCGCUCGAUGAGGUUCCGACUAGCAAGGCCAUCAAGGACCUGGUUGGCGGCAAGUCGACUCUGCAGAACGAGAUUCUUGGAGAUCUGCAGAAGGAGUUUGGAAGCGACGUGCCGGAGAAGUCCGAGGAGACGCCGCUCACCGAGCUCGCCGAGAACCUGACCUCGUUCAACGGCUCGCUGGGCAAGCACUCUGCUAGCCAGGUUGCGCGCCUGAUCAGCGCCAAGAUGCCUGGAGGCUUCACGCAGGCGUCGGCCCGCAGCUAUCUGCAGACGUCGUACGGGCUUGGGCCGCAGCGCCAGGACGGCCUGCUUCUGAUCGGUCUGACCAUGGAGCCGCCUGCUCGUCUUGGCAGCGAGGCUGACGCCAAGGCCUGGCUCGACACUCUUGCUCAGGCUUACGCCAAGCGCACCGGCAUUACCUACUCUGCUGCCUCGGCGGGCGGCGCUGGCGGUGCUGCUGGCGGCGCGGUUGCUGUCAUCAACAGCGAGGAGUUUGACAAGGCGCAGCGCGACCAGCGCCGCAUGGUCGAGCAGCAGCUGCAGGUGCUGGCCCGCUACCUGGGCAUUGACCUGCGCGAGGGCGACCGCUCGUUCGAGGCCUCCAAGGUCGAGAACGGCAUGCUGCAGGCGGAGCUCGACCUGUGGAUGGAGGAGCACGGCGAGUUCUACGCCAACGGUAUCAAGCCGUCGUUUGACUCGCGCAAGGCUCGGCCGCUUCGACUCGACGCACUGAUCCUGUACUACGAGAUUCUGUUCGGCCGCCUCACUGAGGUUGACCGCGAGAUCACGUCGCAGUGCAUCCGCCUGAUGAACCGCGCCAACCCGGCUCUGAUGCGCUACAUGGCCUACAACAUCGCCAACACCGACGUUGCCAAGGGCGACUCGUACAAGCUGGCUCGCGAGUAUGCGCAGAUGCUGUUCGAGAACUGCGAGGAUGUCGACUUCCCGACUGGCCCUCACACCGAGGUCACCAGCAGCGGCGACAUCACGUACGCCGAGGUGCAGCGUGCCGACGAGCGCAAGCUGCUCGACUAUGUGCGCAAGAUGCAGGCCGGUGGCGAGCUGACUUCGUACUCGAGCCGCCAGAAGGUGGAGCAGAACCUGGCCAAGAUCUACCGCAUCAUCAAGCAGCAGAACAGCAUGAAGAAGGACAGCAAGCUGGCGAUCCAGAGCAUAAGGAGACCAUUCCGUUCCUGCACCAUUAAGCGCAAGCUGCCGACUGGCGAGUGGGAGUUCAACUCGAAGCUGACUGGCAUGUACCUCGAUGUGCUCACUGAGAUGUGCAAGAAUGGCCAGACGUUCGAGAACAAGAACGUGCUGAUGACUGGCUGCGGCAAGGACUCGAUCGGUGCCGAGGUUCUGAAGGGCCUGCUCACUGGUGGAGCCCGCGUCGUCGUCACGACUUCGCGCUACAACCGCCAGACGAUGCUGUACUACCAGAACAUCUACCAGCAGUACGGUGCCCGCGGUGCUGUCCUGAUUGUCGUUCCGUUCAACCAGGGCUCGCAGCAGGAUGUCAAGAGCCUGGUCGAGUUUAUUUACGACGACUCGCCUCGUACCGAGAACCUGGGCUGGGAUCUUGACUACGUCAUCCCGUUCGCUGCGAUCCCCGAGCAGGGCAUGGAGAUCACGGACAUUGGCUCGCGCUCGGAGCUGGCCCACCGCAUCAUGCUGACUAACCUGAUCCGCUUGCUUGGCGAGAUCAAGACGCGCAAGGCCGAGCGCGGCUACGAGACCCGCCCGGCACAGGUGCUGCUGCCGCUGUCGCCGAACCACGGCCUGUUCGGUUCGGACGGUCUGUACAGCGAGUCGAAGAUUGCGCUCGAGACGCUGUUCAACCGCUGGUACUCGGAGUCGUGGAGCAACUUCCUGACCAUCACCGGUACUCCUGUUUGGGCCGACCUCAACGGCGGCUUCCAGGCGAUCCCCGAUCUCAAGGACGCCGUUGCCCGGCCUGCCGAUAUCAAGAAGGCUGUUGCUGCCGACUCGUCGCUCGACUUCAAGACGGUUGCCGGUGCCAAGAAGGAGCGCCUGCACAAGACGCGCGUGGUCAAGCCGCGCGCCAACCACAAGUUCCCGUUCCCCGAGGCCAAGCCGUUCGACCAGCUGGAGCAUCUGCGUCACCUGCAGGGUAUGGUCAACCUCGACAAGGUUGUUGUGGUGACUGGCUACGGUGAGGUCAGCCCGUACGGUAAUGCCGAGACGCGCUGGGAGAUGGAGGCAUAUGGCGACUGGCCUUGGAUCAUGGGCUACAUUAAGCACUUCAACGGCCGCCUCAAGACCACCAAGCAGCUGUACUCGGGAUGGGUUGAUGCCAAGACCGAGGAGCCGGUCGACGACAAGGACGUCAAGGCCAAAUACGAGAAGCAGAUCCUGGAGCACACGGGUAUCCGCCUGAUCGAGCCCGAGCUUCUGGACGGCUACGAUCCGAACAGGAAGCCGAUGAUGCGCGAGCUGCAGCUCGAGCAUGACAUGGAGCCGUUCGAGGCCACUGCCGACGAGGCAGCCCAGUUCAAGCUGCGCAACGAGGACAAGGUUGAUAUCUGGGAGAACACCGAUGGCUCGUGGUCGGCGCUGCGCUUCGACCGCCUGGUCGCCGCCCAGAUCCCGACUGGCUGGAACCCCGAGCGCUACGGUAUCCCCAAGGACAUUGCCAACCAGUCGCUGGUACGCUCCGGCAUCACCGACCCGUACGAGUUCUACAAGUACGUGCACGUCACCGAGGUCGGUAACUCGAUGGGCUCUGGCGUCGGAGGCAUGAACUCGAACAAGCUGAUGUACAAGGAGCGCUACUUUGACAAGGACAUCCAGAACGACAUUCUGCAGGAGACGUUCAUCAACACGAUGGCGGCCUGGCCCACUGUCGGUGCCUGCGCUACCUCAGGUUCUACUGGCAAGGCCAAGAUCAUGCUGGCUGGCGGCUUUGACUACUUCCAGGAGGACGGCUCGUACGAGUUUGCGCAGAUGAAGGCGACCAGCAACACGCUGGAGGAGUUUGCCCGCGGCCGCACGCCCAAGGAGAUGUCGCGUCCGUGCACUACCACCCGCUCCGGCUUCAUGGAGGGCGAGGGAGCUGGCAUUGUUGUCGUCAUGAACGCAACCACUGCGCUCGAGAUUGGAGUGCCUGUCUACGGUAUUCUGGCCAUGACUGGCACUGCCACCGACAAGGAGGGCCGCUCGGUGCCUGCUCCGGGCAAGGGUGUGCUGACAUACCGCCGCCGCCAGCUCGAGCAGCGCCAGUCGAUGAUCGGCGACUGGGUCAAGCGCGAGCGCGAGUAUGUGCAGCAGGAGCUGGAAGCCGUGUGGGGCCUGACUGUCGAUGACAUUGGCGUUGCCUCGUUCCACGGCACGUCAACCAAGGCCAACGACAAGAACGAGUCGCAGGUCCUCGACAAGCAGCUCAAGCACCUGGGCCGCACUCCGGGCAACGCUGUUCCGGCUGUCUGCCAGAAGGCGCCUGCCGCUGCCUGGAUGCUCAACGGUGUCAUGCAGGUUCUGCGCACCGGUAUCAUCCCUGGUAACCGCAACGCCGACAACAUUGCCGCUGAGCUCGAGCAGUUCGAGCACAUCCUGUACCCAUCGCGCUCGAUCCAGACCGACGGUGUCAAGGCUGGUCUGCUCAAGUCCUUCGGUUUCGGCCAGGUCGGCGGCGAGAUUCUGGUCAUCCACCCCGACUAUCUCUAUGCCACCCUCUCUGAGGAGCAGUACGAGCAGUACCAGAACAAGGUCAAGGGCCGCGAGCAAAAGUCGUACCGCUACUGGCACGACACUCUGGCUGGCAGCCACGGCUUUGUCCAGAUCAAGGAUGCUCCUCCGUACACUGAGGAGCAGGAGCAGCAGGUCUACCUGAACCCGCUGGCCCGCGCCAAGUUCAACCCGGCUACCAACAGCUACAAGUUCUAA